CAGCUGACCCUGGGGUUUGGCUCCAUUCACAGGGCGGAGCGCUGGACAAGCUCCACUGGAAAAAGAUGGAAGUGGUCUCCACGACAUUCCUUCAGAGUGUGCCAGAAGGAUGUGGUCAGCCUCUGCACAGUCAAAGCCUGCAGAAGGUUCCCAACGAGAGACAACAGGGCGGGCUCGUUCCUCAACAUAACCCCAGUGCUGAGAAAGGUGGUAAGAAGGAGGGAAGAGAGAUGGAGCAGGAUUCUGCCCGACCAGCGCACAGUGUCCGAAAUGAGAGGAAGGAUAGUAUUACCGGUGAUCCAGUGAACACCAGAAGAAGUGAUGUUCGUCAGAGUCUGAUGGAGGACGCAGAGCCCAGGACCCAUGAUGACAAGAAGGGCUCUUCUGAGGAGAAACUGGUCAAAUCCCGCAAAAGACCUCCGCAUCGCAGGCAAGAAAGCACAGCUCUUAAACCCUCCCUUCCUCCGACGUCUGAGCAGGAUGCAAAUUUGGCUCCAGAUGUGACAGCUAAAGAUUCGGUCUCAGUUUCAUCCUUUGGACAGUUGGAAGGAAAAGCAAAAGUCAGAGUGAAGAAGACCAGGUUGCAGACAGUGGGAAAGACGACUCGGGAAAGGAGCAGUGCUGCACCCAUCCCUGUCCGCAUUACCCCGAGGGUUGACGGAGUCAGGCAAAUGUCGGAGAGCUUUAGUGUGCCGUGGACGGACUCGGUGCGGAAGCUGCCUGUCAUGAAGAUCAAACCGAAUGAGCUGAGGGUGUCAGGACCACCGGAAAAGAGGAAAAAAACAGGCCUGGGAGCAGGCUCCGAUUUGGAUGAGAAGAAGAUUCAAGGAAGCAUGAGAGUGAAUGGCAAGAAACACGACCAUCGAGACAAGCGGCCAGGGAUUCGCUUUCCCGCUAAAGACGAGGAGAUCAGUGACGAUGACAUCUUCCGAGAAGUACCAGAAUGGUAUUCCCACAGGACAAGUAAAGCAAAGAAGGGGACGGUUGUCAGAUUCAAAGAUGAUUCCUCCUCCAAAUGCAGCAAAAGAGAUUCUCGUAAGAGCAGUGGAAACAUCAAGGACGGCAGACACCACUGGAGUAAAUCCAGCAGUGCCUCCUCAAUGGCUGGCAACGUUAGUCGGACUGGAAAGGACAGCCUUGCAAGAGACCUCUCCAGAUCAAGAGCCCUUCCUCAGAAAGACAGGCAAAGGAAGCAGAGACAUAGAGAACAGCGAUCAGCUGCAAUUCUGGCCAAAAGGGACAAACUAAUGAAGACCUACAAAAUGGACUGUGAAAUCUUUGCCAUUGUAGCAAAACAAUUGAUCGCGCAAGACGCAAGCCUUGAGAAACGGGUGGAGUCGGCCGUCAGGAAGAGCCUGCGCCUGAUCGGUGAGCGUCGUCUUGCCGAACUGAAGGAAACCAUUGCAAAGUGGGACACUGCUGGUGCAGUGAAGAAAUUGAACUGAAUUUUAUUGCAAAGUCUACCACCCAGAUUAUGAUGUGUGGUUCAUUUUACACGCCGUUUCCCGUAUCUCUCUGCAAUUUCCUCUGCCAGUAUUUCCUCCUUUUUAUUGACACUGUAGUUUGAUAGCUGUUGUAAUCCUCGUCUAUAUCCACUGCAGAUGUUGGCAGUCUAUCCCAUUUAAGAAGGCUUCAAGGUGGAAUUCUGAACCUACUCACAUGGACAACAGCAGGAGCAGUGUUUGUUCUUUCCUGGUGCCGGUGUGUAAAAGUUGUUUGUCACCGUGCCUCCUAUCUCGUGCAACUGGUGCUGUAUCCAGGAUCCGGAAUGUGUGCACCCAUUGGCAACAGAAGG